AUGACGGCAUCUUUUCCUCUCCUCAACCUACCUACCAAAGCUAUAUCCGAUGUCCUCAAAUCAAUGAACAUUAAUGAAUUCAUAACUCUAUCAUUUCUCUCCAAGAGAGCUAAGCUAUCAGUAGAGGCUAUGGAAUUGAAGAGUCCGAAUGUCAUUGUCCAAAUAGACGAGUUUGUUAAUAUCUUUAUGCCUCUCGGGGAAAAUAUCUGGAGAUGGAGUUUUCAUGGUGACGAAACAGAAAACGGAACAAUGAAUCGCGCAUUGCCAAAUAAAUUAACAGAGUUAUGCAUUCAUCAUGGACCGAUAGAAUGGAGCAUGGAAGAUCUCAGCGUCAAGAAAUGGAUCAGCCACUUUCAGACUAUCUUUCAUUUUUCUAAAUUCAAUUCUCUUCAGCUCUCAACUGCUUCUUUUCUGUACGACAUUGAAGAAAUUAAAGCAACAAUCGGAAACUUUGAGACGCUUAACCUCUCAAUAACUGGAACUAAUAACGAAGGUUAUGACCUUCUAGUGAAGUAUUUUGUAUCGAGAUGCCUUAUAUUGGACAGUGGUGUCUUCGAAUGUUUGGAGCGCCCAAAAGAAGUUUUGAUUCAAAACUAUGAUGAGUUAGAGAUCACUUCGGUCAGUGGUGUAUACAUAAUAUUGGAUGAUCUACUUAUGAUGAAUAGCAAAACUGUAAUGCUUGGGUAUAUCAACUGGACUGGGAAAGAAAUCAAUCGAUUCAUAAAGCAUUGGAUGAAAGGAUCUAACCCUCGAUUGGAAACAUUGGAGAUCUUUUUGGCGUCAAGAGUGUUUAAUAGAACUGAUGCUCUAAACGGUAUUAGAUACAUGGAAAUACCAACCGAUCAUGUUAGAAACUUCAAAACAUUUGACCUAGUGAACUUGGACAUUGAGGGUGGCUACGACUUUCAAAGAAGCGAUGGAACCACAGCAACAAUCACAUUCUAUUACGAUGAGGAGAGCGUUUUAUUGCAAAUAGACCAUGCUCAUUCUACCUCACACCGUCCAUCCCCCUCUUCUUGUUUAUUAGUUCUCAUCCCUUCUACAGUGUUGACGACAUCUUUUCCUCUCCUCAAUCUACCUACCAAAGCUAUAUCCCAUGUCCUCAAAUCAAUGAACAUUAAUGAAUUCAUAACUAUAUCAUUUCUUUCAAAACGAGCGAAGCUAUCAGUAGAAGCUAUGGAAUUGAAGAGUCGGGGUGUCCUUGUCCAAAUAGGCGAUUUGGUUAAUAUCGUUGUGCCUGUCGGGGAAAGUUAUUGGAGAUGGAGUUUUCACGGUGACGAAACAGAAAACGGAACAUUGAAUCGCGCAUUACCAGAUAAAUUCACCGAGUUAAGCAUUCAUCAUGGACCGAUAGAAUGGAGCAUGGAAGAUCUCAGCGUCAAGAAAUGGAUCAGCCAUUUUAAGACUAUCUUUCAUUUUUCUAAAUUCUAUUCUCUUCAGUUCUAUACUGAUUCUCUUAUGUACGACAUUGAAGAAAUUAAAGCUACAUUCGGAAACUUUGAUAAGCUCUUGAUCUCUAUAGAUAAUAGCACAAGCGAAGCGUAUGACCUUCUAGUAAAGCAUUUUCCAUCGAGAUCCCUUUUAUUCGACGGUGGUGUCUUCGAAUGUUUAGAGCAUCCAAAAAAAGUUUUGAUUCAAAACUAUGAUGAGUUAGAAAUAACUUUAGACAUAGAUUCAGACGAAGGCGUUUUAAUAUUGGAUGAUAUACUUAUGGUGAAUAGCAAAACUGUAGUGCUUGGGGAUGUCAACUGGACUGGGAAAGAAGUUAAUCGAUUCAUAAAACAUUGGAUAAAAGGGUCUAACCCUCGAUUGGAAACUUUGGAGAUUUUUUCUACGUCAAGAGGAGAAGCGUCUGAUAGAACAGUUGCUCUAAAAGGUAUUAGAUAUAAGGAAAUACCAGCCAAUCUUGUUAGGAAGUUUAAAACAUUGCACCAGGAGAGCUUGGACGUUGAAGGUGGCUACGAUAUCAUAAGACAUGAUGGAACCACCGCAACAGUCACAUUCGAUUAUGAUGAGGAGUUUGAUACUGAUUCAUUUUUCAUGUUUGUAUGGCAUCCACAUUGUGUAGGAGAUUCUUAA